AUGCAAACUGGAACAAUGACAGGUCAUCUCCACGGAGGGGCCGGGGAAAAAACGUUCCCCCGUAUUGAGGCAGACUCAAAUCACCAAUCUGGCCAGCAUUAUGACCAAUUUACACCUCAUCAGGAACCAUAUCAGUGUCCCAAUCCACGACAAAAUCCUCAAGUCCAAUCUACUACAACUCAGAGCUACAACAAAAACCAUCAUCCUGGUUGGGGUUUCUGCAACUCCUCAGCAUCUGGGCAAGACUGGCAACAAGGUUGUCGUAACAAAAAACGAAACAAGAACCUGCAAAUCCAAAAACCGGGUUCAAAUUCUUCACGGCGGCAACGGAAUACAAAUGUCGACACUCAUCUUUGGAGGGUCACAUGUGGGGAGGGGGAAUGCUGGAAGGACGGAGAUGGAGAUGUUGUCAUGUCAGAGGCGCAUGACGAGGACCCCUGGGUGCCAUUUAAUGUAUCUCGUACCUAUGACCAAGUUUGGUAA